AUGGCGGAGCUCAACAAGAUGGACAUGACCCAAGAUCUCAAAAAACCAGGAGCUUUGGGAAUCGUGUGGACGACUCGCAGGAAGAUCAUUCUUUCUGUUUUGAUCAUCGGCACCAUGCUCGAGAGCUCAUGCUACGCAUUGAUGGCACCCUUUUUCCCCGAUGAAGCAAAGAGCAAAGGCAACUCGGCAACUCAGUUUGGCAUCGUUUUCGGAACGUAUCCCUUGGUUGGAUUCGUUUUCAGCCCGAUUUGCGGCAAGCUGCUCUCGACGCGCAUCAAGCCGAAGACUAUGCUGAUCUGUGGCAUGCUCGUAGACGGUUUCUUUCUCUGCUUGAUGGGGACUCUCAAGCAUGUGAACGACUCGAAACUCUUCUUCGCUCUCGGGGUGCUCAUCCGGUUCUUCGAAGCAAUCGGCUUCUCGGCAUCCAUCACUUGCUACUACGCAAUCGCCUCGUCCGAGUUCUCUGAGCGCGUUCACUUUUUCGUGCCCUUGAUCGAGACAAUAUUCGGAGUUGGCAUCAUGGUCGGUCCGACUCUCGGUGGAGCUCUGUACGACUUAGGUGGAUACACGGUUCCCUUCCUGACGUUCGGCAUUGCGACGAUAGUUUUCGCAGCAUUCACAUUCGUUUUUCUGCCACAAUUGAAGUCGCAAGACGAAGCACCCGGGAAGGGUCUCAAAGAUCUCUACGUGACCCAGAUAAUACUCGAUUACUUCAUGGUGGUCGUGUGCUUCAUAAUAAUCGGCUUCAACGAAGCUACGUUGUCCAUCCACUUGAAGCAGUUCGGCUUGUCAGAGUCUGCGAAGGGGGCCUGCUUCAUCAUUCCUGGUGGAAUAUACGCCAUAUCAAGCAUUUCGUGGGGCGCCUUCUGCAGAAGAGUGGCCGAUUCGAGAUACUUUGUGCUCCUCGGUGGCUCGGUGGCGUUGGUAGCGCUACUGAUUUGCGGUCCCGUGCCCUGGCUCAACUUCAAAAUACAACUGUGGAUCAUUUUACUCUCUCAAGGACUGAUGGGUUUCGGUGACGGAGCCAUGUACGUGUGCAGCUUCAUGCAUUCCCUGGCAUUCUUAACGCAACGUAAAGGAUUCGAGGACGACUUCAGCACCUACGCCUUACUCGCGGGCAUCUUCUCAUCGGCUUUUUCGCUCGGUGGAUUCCUCGGUCCGAUAAUCGGUGGCGUGCUGCUCGAUCUCGAAGGCUACGAAUAUUCCACUGGAUGGAUCGCCUGCAUUCUUUCUGUCGGACUCUUCUUCGUGGUACUCAGUGUGGCUCGAGAUCAUGUUUCUGGCAUCGACCUAAGGGAUGAACAGUUCAAAACGCGCGCCGAGGCUUCACUGGAUGCAAAGCCUGAUGUCGAACGAGGAUCCCGGGACGACCAGGACAACGGGCAGACUCCCCAACCUCUGGCAUUGAGGGACGUCGGGCACGACAAUCCAGCAAUGGAGAUGACUCACCUCUAG